AUGGCAAAAUUGAGGCUCUCAAUACAAGAAAGCGCCUUGAACACCAAGAAGAAUAUGCAAAUACAUGACCCGUCCACUCCGUCGGCUGUAGAUGAAGCGGAGACGAGCUACGACUACGACCUGGUGGUGAUCGGUGGUGGAUCUGGAGGCCUGGCCUGCUCCAAGGAAGCGGCCUCGUUCGGCCAGAAGGUCUGCGUCCUGGACUACGUCAAACCGUCGCCGCAGGGCACGUCCUGGGGCCUCGGCGGCACGUGUGUGAACGUCGGGUGCAUUCCGAAGAAGCUGAUGCACCAGAGCUCCUUGAUCGGCGAGCUCAUGCACCACGACAGUGCGAACUUUGGAUGGAACAUUGCGUCUGCUGACGGCAGCGCGUCGACUUUCAGCUGGAAGCAGCUCGUGGCCAAUGUGGACGGUUACAUCAGGGGCAUCAACUUCAAGUACAAGGUGGAGCUACGCAGCAAGUACGUCAAGUACGAGAACUUCCUCGGGUCGUUCGUGGACGCGCACACGCUCGAGUUGUGGCACCCUCGGAAGGGCACGAAGCAGAUCACGACGCGCGAUGUCGUCAUCGCGGUUGGCGGCCGGCCGAAGGAGCUGACCUGCCCGGGUGGGGAGCACGCGAUUUCGAGUGACGACAUUUUCUGGAUGAAGAAGAAGGAGCCGGGCAAGACGCUCGUUGUGGGCGCCUCGUACGUCGCACUCGAGUGCGCUGGCUUCCUGAAGGGCAUGGGCUACGAUGUCAAGGUGAUGGUGCGCUCUAUCUUGCUGCGCGGCUUCGACCAGGACAUGGCGAACAAGAUCGGCGAGUACAUGGAAGUGCAGUCGGGCAUCGAGUUUAUCCGCAAGACCGUCCCGCAGUCGAUCACGAAGCUGGAGAACGGCCAGCUGCUGGUCAAGUGGACUACCGAGGACGGCGAGAGCUGUGAGGAAGCCUUCGAUACGGUGCUGAAUGCCACGGGUCGCGACCCGGACGUUGCCAAGCUCGGCCUCGACAAGGCUCGCGUGAAGCUGAACGAGAAGACGGGCCGCAUCUGGGUCAAGAACGAGCAAACCUCGACGCCGAACAUUUACGCGAUCGGCGAUGUCAUCGAUGCGCCGGAGCUGACGCCUGUGGCCAUCCAGGCCGGCCGCUUGCUUUCGCGCCGUCUGUACAACAACUCGACGGCGCAGAUGGACUACGACAAGAUCUGCACGGCCGUGUUCACCCCAAUCGAGUAUGGGUGCUGCGGACUGUCCGAGGAGGACAGCAAGGAGCGCUACGGCGAGGACAACAUCGAGGUGUACCACAAGAACUUCGUGCCGCUCGAGUGGUCGCUCUCGGAGGAAACGCGCACGGCGGCUGAGUCGUGCUACCUGAAGGUGAUUUGCGACAAGACUCGCGAUAAGUUUGUGGUGGGCUUCCACUACCUGGGACCGAAUGCAGGUGAGGUGACGCAGGCCAUGGGCUUGGCCAUGAAGCUGGGCUUCACGUACGACCAAAUGGUCGACACGGUGGGCAUCCACCCGACGACUGCCGAGACGUUCACGACGUUGGAGAUCACCAAGAGCAGUGGUGGCACCACCACUGGCGGGGGUUGCUGA